CCUCUCCGGACCGUGUGGGAGGGUUAAUCUCGUUUCAACCGUGGACGCGAUGAGGCUCGGUUUGGCCGGAGCCGUGCUGCUGUCAGCGGCCGCCUACUACGUCUACCUGCCGCUACCGAGCGGAGUUAGCGAGCCGUGGAAACUGAUGUUGCUGGACGCGCUUUUCCGGAGCUUCAUGCAGGCGAGUGAUGUAGCUCAUGCGAUGGGCGUGUGCCACCGCGUCCAUGUGUUGAACCGGGUGGUGUCCUGGGUGGAGGUGAUCGAGGCUCGCUCCAGCCCCGCCGUGAACGUCACGGACUCCGCGCUGGGAGGCGUGCCCACCCGGGUGUUUCAUCCCAUCGGAGGGGAGAAGCUGAAAAGAGGAGUUAUUUAUUUCCACGGUGGCGGCUGGGCCCUCUGCAGCGGACGAAUGCGCUCCUAUGACCAUCUUUGCCGGAAGAUGGCGGAGGACCUGGAUGCUGUCAUUAUGUCAGUUGAGUAAGUUUGGGGCGUCGAUCACGUGAAUCUAGAAGGAACAAACGUCACAUUGAAGCUGCAGGUGGUGGAUUUUUAUGUAAAAGGUUUGAAGACAACAAGUUAUGCUUUUCUCUUGUUUUUUAGCCAAUCGUAGCAAAGACAGCUGAUUGUUUCAUUUUGAUCUGAAAGUCAGUUAUUGAUGUUUUCAGACAGCAUGUUUCAAACUCUUCCCAAAGGAGGAAAACUGGGUGAAAGUUUUCAAGAGUUUUGUUUUUUUUUCAUGUUUAGCAUCACGGUCCGUUUGUGAAGCAGUCUGCAGCAGUCUGCCGCACAGACUCGGAUCUGUUCAUUUAUCAUGGACGUGGUUUAGCUGAAGGCCAUGUGAUGAGGCUGAAUGUGCUCAAAACAUCAGUGAAACUUGUGAUGAGAUUAUGGUCAGAGAUGUACCAAUUGUGCCAUUCUAGGCUGAUGUCAGUAUUUGAAGGACCCAUUUACUCACAGAUAUUUUUGUGUGUGUGUGUGUAAAUUUACUUUUCUGUUAUUUUAGUUUACCCUUUUGGUAAAAAUCCCCCUGAAAUUUCUGUCCUGUCUUGACAUGAGAAAGAUUACUCUUUCAAUCAGUUUGCCCCCGCUGCUGACUCUCUCCUCUUAAUGGAGAGUUUCUGGACUUGGAUUCUUCCUUUUGUUUUUCUUCUUUAUCCAAAUCCAUCUUCAUAUGCUCUCCUCUUCAGCACUGCCAGAAGGCUGCUUACUGCAGAGCCCCUGGCCUAGUCCAGCUCUGCCUUUAAACCCGUCUACAUCCCUGCCACAGCCUUUAACCAGGCCCAGCUCAGCCUGUUUGACUCUGCAGUAAGCACCUACUGAAAUCACUGUUCACCCCAGCUGCUAGCUCAGGAGUAUCGUCACAGAUGAAGGAUUUAAAACUUUCAUAUUCUGUGAAAUAAUUCAAUUCAAUUCAAUUUUAUUUAUAUAGCGCCA